AUGAAACACUCAAUUUCAUUUCUUAAAAUAUUAUUUCUAAGGUCAAUCCUAUACCAAAAUUGUAUAACUGACAAAGAGAAUGAUUGUAAAUCUUAAGAUUUUUAAAUUGCUGGAACAAUCGAAUCAAAUACUGGCAUAUGUGGCUCAGGUUCUAGAAAAACAUUUAUCGGGCCAUUUGGUAAUAAAACUUUAGUUACCUAUGAUCUUCCCUACCUUAUCCCCAACAAAAAUGUGGAACUUUCUUUUGGAAUAUGGAAGUUAGACUCUUGGGAUAAUGAAGGAUUUGAGAUUUGGAUAAAUAAUGUUCUAAUGGAGAAAUUAGUAGCAGGAAAUUAUGAUUAUCCCGAUGUAUGCAGAGAUCCAUAAUGGGGAGAUCACCUUUACUAUUUUUCCUAUCAAUUUUAACUAACAAAUACUCAUUUUACAUUAGAACUAAAGGACUUUUUAGACUAGGAAUUAAUUGAUGAAUCGUGGGGACUAAGGGACUUUGUUUUGUCACUUUCAUCUCUUUGUGUUAAUUUUUAUAGUGAAUGUAAUUAUUCUGGAGAAUUAUUCCAAAUAUGUAAAGGUGAUAAAACGACAAGAUCUACAAGCUUACCCUAUGAAAUAAAAUCUAUUAUGAUGGAUUGCGGCAUCAUUGUGAAAAUAAAAGAUCCAAACUAGUUUGGAGGAGCUUUGUAAGAGUAUUCGUCUCCAUAGCCCUGUAUAGGCGGCUAUAAGGUAUUCAUAUAAGAAUCAACUUUAGUUCCCAAAAUAUAUUCCAUAAUGAUUAAUAAAGAUAUAAAUACAUAUAACAUUUUGAUAUCUAAUUUCUUCACCCUUUGGAUAUAAAGCUUAAUACAUUUAAUUUAUAAGAUUAAAUAAAACUAAUUGGAUUAAUCUCCUGCAUUCCUGGUGCAAGGCCAAGGCUUAACGAUUUUUGGAUUAUUAUAAAUAAUUGUUUUGAAAAAUAACGGUUCUCAAAAAAGUUAUCCUUUAGAUCAAUUUUUCUUGAGUUUAAAGAAUAAUUUAAGUUAUAGUUUUGAUAAAGUUUUUUAAAAUAAUAAAGAAUUUAAGAUAAUUCAGAGGAAGGUAGACGAAAGGAAAGGAAGCAAUAACCUUAAGAUUUUAUAAUUGAUUGAAUAUGAGGUGUUUUCUGUUAUUAAUCUACCUCAUGUCCAAUAAAAGAAAUAGCAGAUUUUGUGGAGACAAGCCUAUAAUAAGGGCAAAUUUAUGGCAGGAAACACAAAAAUUAACUCUUACUAAUAAGAAAUUCUUAAAAUACUCAAGUUUAAAACUCUUAAGAAUAAUUAAAAGGUAAAUAUUAAUAUAUAUUUUUACCAAAUCUAAUUAGUGAAUUCAAAUUACAAAUUCAAUUUUUUUCACAGUUUUUCAAUUAUCAGGACCAUAAACAAUAUCUCCCCAUAAGAAAUAUUUGAUAAAUCUAACCUAUAUGGUUGGCAUGAUUAAUAAGCUGCUUUAUAAAAUCAUUAAAGUUCACUUGCUGUAAUUAAAUUCAAACUAUGUUUAUAUUAAUAAUCAUUAUCAAGAUGGAUUUUAGAGAAAUAAACCUUCAAAAGUUGUUUAAUAUGA